AUGGCACAGCACCUGCCGAAUGCAGCGAGAACGACGUGGUUCGAGAUGACGUUCAACGAUGAGGCCUUGGACGAAGAGAGUCCUGCAGGUCCCCCCGUCGACCCAAAUCACGCAGGCCAAGGGGGGAAAGAAGAGCCAUGCUUGGACUUCGCCAGAGAUCCGGGGACGAGCCCGCACUCCAACCGGACCUGUGAUCCGUGUGUAUUUGUCGCUUCUGCCCAUGGAUGUUCCAAAGGCUUGGCGUGUGAAUUCUGUCACCUCGACCAUCCAGCGAUCAACUCUGCCCACUUCUCUCGCCCGCACAAGCAGCGGCGCAUGAGGAUGAGGCAGGUGAUUCUGCAGCACCUCCAAGGAAAUGACCCAGAUGAAAUGCAGCAGGCCCUGCAACGAGAAGCUCGCCGUAAUGCGUACAUGCGGAAGCUCAUCCCGUCCUACAUUGCUUUCCACUUCGGUGAACCUACUCCUACUGUGAAUGAGCUGGAUGAUACCUGA